CCUUUGUAGCUGGCCACCUCAUAGCUCUGAAUCACAUUCAGGAGAAGCCAGCAUCCCUGAGUGUCUGAAAGCCCAAAGGUUUUCUAGGGUUUAUCCCACCAGGGAAAUUCCUUUGCCUCCAAUUCCUCGGGCCCAGGUGCAGAUGAAGCAGCACCCAAAGACUGCCUGAUUCAGAGCACUCUGGAUUCCUUUUGUCUUUGAAAUCCUUUCGGUGCUGUCCCCUACAAACUCCGCCAGCCCCUUUCUAGAAAUGGCUUCUCUAAAGGAUGCAUACAGCUUACAAAUUAAUUCCAAAUACAGUUCCCAUACCAUGAACUCUAAAUUUGUAGCCAAAACCGAGGCUCAAAAUGGUAACAGUGAGGAAACAAACAAGGUCCAAAGAAAUGAAAGUAGAAAGAAAGACCAAGGCUCUUCAGUCACCUAUGGGUUAGCUAUCCAUAGCACCUUGGUGAAAUCAAUGCCAAAAGGAAAGGAGGAGGCUGCUGCUACUAUAAAACCGAGUGCUAGUGAGCAUCCCAAUCCUGGAGAAAGACCAGCUAGUGCUGUCACCUUUUCUGUUACCCAGAAAAAAAAAGUGUCAGCCCCAGAGGUCAGGGUGAAGGAAAAAGUUCUGCCAAAUAUCAGCAACUUCUAUGACAGAAAAAUACUUGUAGAUCCUCAGGAGAAACCCAGUGAGAAGCCACUUGAUGACUCAAAAGCAGUCAUCUUUGAAAAAGGCUCUCCCACCCUAAAAUUUCAAGGCAAAUGUGACUCUUAUUCAGAAAACCAAAAGCAUGAAGAAAGGGGUGUGUUGAGUAAGCACCCCUCUUCGGGAAAUGACUGCUCUAAUGUGGUUAAGAUUUCUGCAUUCAGAUUCUCUCAGGAGGAGCCAGACUCAUUGAGUCUCCCAAGAAUUUUAAAGCCUUCAUCCUUCACCACUGACCAUGUCACGUACCAGCCUCCUUUGUACAGUGGUCCUUCACAUGACAAUGUCAGCUACUGGACCAACUGUCCUAUGCCUUUUCACUCUCUUUCCAUGGGCAGCAGCAACAACAAUACAUCCCAGGCUGGGAAGAGAAGCUGGAGCUUCUUGAGUAGUUAUUCCUCCAGCUCUACAGUACACUCCCAAAACUGGUCCAGAGAUCUGAAGGCAGCAAACAAAGGUCUUUCCCAGAAUUCUUGUUCACUUCAUUUUCCCAGAAUUUCAGAAGCCAUGGCAAGGGAGAAAAGAACAUCUCAAGAGGAGACAACAUCACGUCCUUGGGAAGGAUAUGCAUCUAAUUCCCUGCCAAGGAGCCACUGGGAACAAAGCCUGAAGAAGGGUUUCAUUGAUACCCAUUGUCACUUGGACAUGCUCCAUUCCAAAUUGUCUUUCAAAGGGACCUUUACCAAGUUCAGAAAAAUGUAUAGCCAUUCCUUACCUAAGGAAUUUCAGGGCUGUAUCUCUAAUUUCUGUGAUCCUUGCACAAUGAAGGAUGGUGUAUGGGAAAAGCUGUUGAAAGAGGAUAUGGUUUGGGGAGCCUUUGGCUGUCUCCCCCAUUUUGUACAUUACUACAAUGAAUAUCAAGAAAGAAAGAUUUUGAAAGCCUUACAGUAUCCCAAGGCUAUAGCUUUUGGAGAAAUAGGCUUGGAUUACUUUUAUAAGUGCAGUACACCUAUCCCACAGCAGCACAAGAUAUUUGAGAGACAGCUACAGCUGGCUGUGUCUCUAAAGAAACCACUGGUGAUCCACUGCCAAGAAGCUGACAAAGAUCUGCUGGACAUCAUGAAAAAAUGUGUGCCCCCUAACUACCAGAUCCACAGGCAUUGCUUCACUAGCUGUUAUCAAGUCAUUGAACCCCUUUUGGAGUACUUUCCCAGCAUGUUUGUGGGCUUCACAGCAGUCCUGACUUGCACUUCUGCCUGGCAGGCCCGGGAUGUUCUGAAAAAGAUCCUACUAGAGCGAGUUGUCAUGGAAACUGACAUUCCCUAUUUCCUUCCUUAUGGGAUUCCCAAAAGCCCUUGCCAGUAUGCCCACCCAGGCCUGGCCCUGCAUACAAUUCAAGAGAUUGCCACAAUCAAAGAUCAGCCACUCUACCACACCUUAGCCACCUUGUGUAAGAACACUAGUCUUCUCUACAAUGUUUAAGCAGAGAGGGCAGUCAGAAGUUUUCUAAAAAAAAAAAAAACCAAAAAAAAAAACAGAGAGACAUUGUCUCUCUAGGUUGACAUUGUAAGACUUGCUUUGAACUCUUCCUGUGCCCCAGGGCAAGGAUAUAUUUGGAGUUACAACAUAGACUUGCUUUGAACUCUGCCUGUGUCCCAAGUGAAGGAAGUGUUCAGCAAACCCACUGGCACAGCAAAAACCAGGAUAGGAUGUUUUGCUCAAAACCUCUUCAGAAGACUUCUGUGCUUCUGUCUGGUAUGUUAUGGUACAAUGGGAUGGGAGGAAGGGUAAGGGGAUCUUCCCUUGAUUUUAUCAGGGUUUUUCCUCCUAGCCAGACUGUGCCAGCAUAAUCAGUAAAAAAGUAAGAAUUCCACUGGGUAUGAGUUUGCUAAUCCAAAUUGCUGUUCUCUGCAGCCUAGGUUUCUGAGCAGUUGGUAAAUAAGAUUACUGUCCUACUUGUCUUUUAAAAGAAAGCAAGGAGUGUUGAAUUUUGAAACUGAGCUAGGUGAUUUGUUCUGUUUAUUCCCUAAAUGUAUUUGUCAUAGGAAUUCUACAAUCCAUAUGGGUUGUUGUUAAAUUCAUAAAUUCAGUGGCUGUUUAAUUUGUAGUUUCUUAUUUCUACAGAUAAACAAGCACUGGCAUUUAAUCUAAAAGGACAUUGAUUUAGAUUAAAAUUAGUCAGUUAAUAGUCAUAAUAUGCCAAGAAAGGCUAUAGAGGAGGUUAGAAUGAUGGGGGCCAAACCAGUUCAAUUUUAGAACAGCACUGAGAAGAUGAGGGUUUUUUUAAGAUUUUAUUUAUUUUUAGAGAGAGGGGAAGGAAGGGAGAAAGAGAGAGGGAAACAACUAUGUGUUGUGGCCUCUCAUGUUCCCCCUACUGGGGACCUGGCCUAUAAUCCAGG